AUGACUCAUGAGAAGUAUGGUAACGAAGUAACGCUCAACCCACCUCCUGAUCUUCAACUAAAGGAUUUUGAUGAAAUCUUCAAUGAUGGGAAAAAUCUCGGAUACUUACCGGAGAAAGUCAAGCGUGAUCCCGAUCCCGAGCGUGGCCCUCCAGGAGCCAUGCACCGGAAGCUCAAGGAACGGCAAUUGACAAUGAUGUCUAUUGGAGGGACCAUUGGCACUGGAUUAUUCUUAGGGAUGGGAAGCUCUUUGAAUGACGGCGGCCCCAUGGGACUUUUGCUGGGCUAUCUUAUCAUGGGUACGGUUGUGUGUAGCGUGCAGAUGGCCUUAGGAGAAAUGAUAACGUACAUGCCAUGUCAUGGUGCUUUAACAACUUUUCCUGCUCGGUUUGUUGAUCCAGCCUUAGGAUUUUCCGUUGGAUGGAAUUACUGGUAUUCAUUUGCGAUUUGCGUAGCGGGUGAAGUGACCGCAGCCGCGAUUGUGGUUGACUAUUGGAAAGCACCCGUGAACCAGGGAGUAUGGAUUACGAUUUUUUUUUUGACAGCAUGUGCUAUCAACUUUUUUGGAGUGAAAUGCUACGGAGAGGUAAAGUCUUCACUGGAAUCUUACUUUCACCAAGCUGUAUUUAUUGACCCCGCAGUGAAAGUAUUCGCUAUCACCAGUCUAGUGGUUCUAGGAUUGGUGUUGAAUUUAGGAGGGGGGCCGACGCAUGAGUUUAUUGGAUUGAAGUACUGGAAAGAUCCGGGUCUUUUCAGACAGCUAAACGAUAUCCCUGGAGCAACAGGCCGCUUUUUGGCUUUCUGGUCAGUAUUUAUUCAGGCAGCGUAUAGCUUUCUGGGUACAGAAACAGUCGCGUUGGCAGCAGCCGAAACUGAGAACCCUAGGAAGACAGUCCCAAGAGCAAUUAGAACCGUGUUUUAUCGUCUUUUACUUUUCUACGUGGCGAGUGCUUUUGUCAUCGGGAUUGUUGUUCCCUUCAACGACCCACAGCUUCUAGGUGGGACUGGAGAUGCUUCGUCUUCACCUUUUGUGAUUGCAAUCAAUCGAUCCAAGAUCAAAAUCCUACCGGAUUUCAUCAACGCGGUUGUGCUAGUUUCAGCUUAUUCGGCUACUAGCUCUGAAGUAUACUGCGGAAGCCGCGUUUUACACGGUCUGGUUAUCGAUGGGAUGGCCCCCAAAAUCUUUGGAAAAGUAAACUCUAGCGGUAACCCGGUCAAUGCUCUGGUUGCUAGUGCGAUACCAGGCCUGUUAGCAUACAUGAACUUGUCCGAAAAGUCAAGCUCAGUCUUUCUAUGGCUAGUCAAUAUCUCGGCGAUGGGUGGAAUCUUUACCUGGUGGAGUGUCUGUCUUACCUACAUUAGGUUUCAUAAAGGUUUGAAAGCCCGAGGAGUGGAUCGAGAUAGCUUUGACUAUAAGGCCCCAUUCCAGCCAUAUCUGUCGUACUAUGGAGUCGUGAUGCUGGCUGCAAUUAUCCUAAUGAGUGGCUUCAAGGUGUUUUUGAAAGGACAAUGGUCUUGGGGCUCUUUCAUUGGAGCAUACAUCACAUUACCAAUAUUUGCCUUUACCUAUCUUUUCUGGAAAAUUUAUCAUAAGACUAAGUUAGUCAGAAUUGACCAAAUGGACUUUUCCGUCCCCUAG